GGUCACACUGUCAGAACGUCGUUUUCGAAUAUUCCAUUUUUACGCACGGGCACGGGAGAUCCGAACCGAACAGCAAAUAUUUCCAAAUUAUUGCACAAAAUUGUAAGUGAACGCGCCGCGCGCCCCUCCGCCCACUUUCGGGGACCUCGCUUUUUCGAAGGGGCCCAGAAAUACCGGGAAGUGUCCGUGAAUCGCGAAGUUUUCCCAAUGAAGCGCUGAAAUCGGAACGACCGACAGCAACAACAACGCAACAGAAAAGAAGAACGGAGACAGAAAACAGAUAGCAAAAUGCUAGAACCGCCGAAAUUCAUUGAGAAUGAUUGCUACAACGGCAGCCGGACCUUCACCUGGCUGGCGGAUAUGGUGGGGCUCUCGGUGGACUUGGUAAACUUUUUAAUUUGCCAAAUAUCGGCUCUCUUCCUGGCCUCGCUCUUCCGGUCCGUGCUGCAUCCUUCGAAGGUUUCCAGUAAACUGCGCCACACCUUCGCCCUUUCGGUUGGCCUGGCCUUUGGCUACUUUUGCUUUGGCCAGCAGGCAAUCCACAUCGCCGGACUUCCGGCAAUAUGCUACAUUGUCAUCCGCACUCAGGACCCGCGCAUCGUCCAAAGAGCCGUCCUGCUGGUGGCCAUGAGUUAUCUGCUGUGCGUGCAUCUGAUGCGGCAGCUAUACGACUAUGGAUCCUAUGCCCUGGACAUAACCGGGCCUCUAAUGAUCAUCACCCAGAAGGUGACCAGUCUGGCCUUCAGCAUUCACGACGGGUUCGUGCGUGGCGAUGAGGAACUCACCAAGGCCCAGCAGUACCACGCCAUUCGAAAAAUGCCCUCGGCUUUGGAGUACUUCUCCUACGUGUGGCACUUCCAGAGCAUUCUGGCCGGCCCUCUGGUCUUCUACAAGGAUUACAUCGAGUUCGUCGAGGGAUACAAUUUACUGAGCAGUCCAUCGGGCAACGGAAAUCUGGAGAACAACAAGAGGGAAGUUGUGCUGGAACCUUCACCUACCAAAGCGGUGAUACGUAAAGUGGUUGGCAGUCUCGUGUGUGCGUUCAUAUUCAUGAAGUUCGUAAAAAUAUAUCCCGUGAAAGAUAUGAAGGAAGACGACUUCCUAAACAACACCAGCAUGAUCUACAAGUACUGGUAUGCCAUGAUGGCUACCACCUGCAUACGCUUUAAGUAUUAUCACGCCUGGCUCCUAGCGGAUGCCAUUUGCAACAACUCAGGCCUAGGUUUCACUGGCUACGAUAAGGAUGGCAAUCCCAAGUGGGACCUGAUAUCCAAUAUCAAUGUUCUGUCGUUCGAGUUCUCGACGAACAUGCGCGAUGCCAUCAACAACUGGAACUGCGGCACCAACCGCUGGCUGCGAACGCUAGUCUACGAACGGGUUCCCAAGCAGUACGGCACGCUCCUCACCUUCGCCCUCAGCGCCGUCUGGCACGGCUUCUAUCCGGGCUACUACCUGACCUUCGCCACCGGCGCCGUCGUCGUGACGGCUGCGCGCACCGGCCGGCGACUCUUCCGCCAUCGCUUCCAGAGCACGCAGGUCACGCGAAUGUUCUACGACAUACUGACCUGCCUGAUUACUCGCGUCGUACUGGGCUACGCCACAUUCCCAUUCGUUCUGCUUGAAUUCAUGGGCAGCAUCAAAUUGUACCUGAGAUUUUAUUUGUGCCUUCACAUCAUUUCACUAGUGACCAUAUUUAUUUUACCCAAGUUUAUACGCGGCGAACGCCGCCUCCGCACGUCGAAUGGCAACGGAAACGUCCAGCCGGCGGGCAGCGGCAAUGUCAAGGAUGCGGUGACCACCAACGGGGAAUCUGCAGCAGCUUUGACCGCUGGCAAUGAUCUCAACGAGGAUAGAGAGGAGGACAAGCACGCUCAACGUAAAGUCAACACAAGCACACAUCUGCAGCCAGCUGCUACCCUACAAAACACAACUGAACAACAGCCAACCGAGCAAUCAAACAAUGUAAACCUUCGUCCACGCCCACAGCAGCUGCAGGCUCAUCUGGAGAAAAAGCCGAUGUCCAGGUGCGCCCGGGACGCGGUUAGCGUGCCCCAUGACCAGUGCGAGAUGGACCAACUGUCCAGCAAGCUGAAGGAGAAGAUCGAGGCGGAGACCAAGAACAUUGAGGAAUUUAUUGAUAAGACUGUAACCGAGACCGUCAGCGGCAUUGUGGAGUUCAAGAACGAUCUGAUGCGGGACAUCGAGUUUCCCAAGCUAAAGCUGCCCGGUAGCAACGGCGGCAUUUCAUUGGACUCCUCCACUGGCGUCGGUCUGCGCAAACGCAACAUAUCCUCUAUCCAUGACAACGGCACAGAUCCUGGCAAUGCUCCCGCUGAGGCCGAGGAGAACGGCGCCGCCUUUCUGAAGAAGGAGAUCGAGGUGAUCAAUGCGGUGGUGCAGCAGGCGGUGCCGGCAGUGCUCAGCAAUGGUCAUGCAAAAUAGUAGCAUCGACGAGCAAGUGUGAGGAGACCGAGCAAAACAACGAUGACGACGGGGCCACGGCAGGGAUUGGAGGCGGCCACGGAUCAAAAUGGGUGCUGCAAAUCUGAUUGAUUGAUUUAUAGAUACACUAAACUGAGAUUUAUCCAACACGCACACGAUAUACGCACACUACACACGCUCACUAACAAAAGAAGACACUUUUUGGUUUGAUUUUAAAUAGAGAGAGAGAGUUUUUCGUCGAUAUUCCUGAAGUACACAGAUUGUUUACACUAAAGUUAGUGUCUAAGGUGGCGGAUUAGCCAAAUAAUAAAUAAGAUACACUUGUAUAUUCGGUA